AUGUUCGCGGACGAUACAAUGUUCUUCACGAAAGCCAACACUAGAAGCUGCGCCACCCUGAAGAGGAUUCUUGAGGAAUAUGGAAACGCUUCGGGUCAACAGAUCAACAGCCUUAAAUCCUCCAUCACCUUCUCAGCUAGAACACCACAAGAAACCCGCGACCGGAUUAAACAAUCUCUUGGUAUAGCGACAGAAGGAGGCGUGGGAAAGUAUCUUCGUCUCCCCGAGCUGUUUACCCGCAAGAAGAGAGACCUCUUCACCUCUAUCGUUGAUAGGAUAAAGCUAAAAGCCACCUCAUGGUCCACACGGCGCUUAUCGCCAGCCGGGAAAUUGACUAUGCUCAAAGCAGUCUUGGCAGCUAUCCCAACCUACUCCAUGUCAUGUUUCCUCUUACCCUUGGACCUUUGUGACCGUAUACAGGCAGCACUCACCAUGUUUUGGUGGGACUCAGAUGCUACAACAAGGAAGAUUUGUUGGAUUGAUUGGGAUUCUCUACCGCAGCCAAAACAGAAAGGAGGUUUGGGUUUCCGGGAUAUCCGAGAGUUUAACAUCGCAAUGCUGGCAAAGCUUGCAUGGAUAAUCAUCAAGAGACCAGAUAGUCUCAUGAGCCGUAUCCUUCUGGGUAAAUAUUGCCACAGUUCAUCUCUCCUUGAGGUUUCGUGCUCGGCUUCUGCAUCGCAUGGUUGGCGAGGUAUUAUGAUGGGGUGUGAGCUGAUUGAGAGACACCUUGGGAAGGCUAUUGGCAACGGGGAAUCAACUAGUGCCUGGACAGAGUCUUGGCUCUCUACUUCAGAACAUCUACGACCCUAUGGACCUUCUCUGGAAGAAGAUAGCGCACUCGUAGUGGCGGACCUCCUGAACAGAGAAGAUGCAUCGUGGAAUAAGGAAAAAGUGGAUCUGCUCUUUCCAGAGAUCGCCCACAUUAUCUACCAGAUCAAACCAAGUAGACAACAAGCGGAAGACUCCUUCUUAUGGCAGAAAACAAAAACCGAGGAGUAUAGUGUCAAGUCGGAUUACUAUGCUAUUAUGGAGAAAAAUGAGACAGCUACGAACAGAGCUCCCACGCCAGUGGGAUUCAGUUGGAAACAACAUAUAUGGAUAGUGAAAACAUCGGAAAAAUUAAAGCUAUUCUUAUGGAAGCUCAGUUGUGGAGCACUUCCUCUAGGAGUAAACCUCCAAAACAGAGGUAUCGCAUGCGGAGGACAAUGCCCGCACUGUAACGCACCGGAGACUGCUUUGCACCUAUUCUUCUCAUGUCCUUUCGCCCAACAAGUAUGGGGUUUGGCUCCUCUCCAUGUAGCGCCAGACUGGAGUAGCCUCACCACACCUGUCCAAGCUCUUAUCAGCCCUCCUCACCUGACCUGUCUACCACCUACAGGUAUUACCUCCCCUGUCCUCCCGUGGAUCCUAUGGAAUCUGUGGUAUGCUAGGAACCUACUGGUCUUUGAAGCCAGACCGGUGCCUUCUACUACUAUCCUAACAAACGCCUUGAUGGGAGCGCGUGAAUAG